AUGUCGUGGGGAGGCCACCCCCGUUUUGAGCAAUGGAUCGGCAAGACCAGAUCCCCCGUGUUGUUCGACUGGAUCAGCGAAACGCGCCUCGGCAUUGAGGAAGAAGCCGGAUUCUAUCCCGAAUUCUACGCGGCAGAGUAUUGCCCAAUCGAUUCAUAUAUCUACGAAAUAGCCUAUAUGAAAAGUGACUUUUAUAUCUGGGCUUUUAAGCUUCCCCCUGGUAAACGGAUGGAGGAGCUUUUGAGCGACAAGCAGAUUCAGAAAUUCGAGAAUUUGAAAGGAGACGCCGUUACUCGGCGUCUCUGGCAGCUUUGGACCAAUGUAUGGCAUCGUUUCCUAUUCUGGGGACCAGGCGAAUGGGAGACCGAGUUUCAGAAGUGUACAGACUUGGGGGACUUGGGUAUGUGCCAAAGAUCUAUGCUUCGGAAUGGCGUUGAAGUCACCAGGGCCCAUAUCUGGAUAAAAUAG